CUUUAUCAUCGUUUGGGUUCUCAGAGUUAAAAAGAAAAAGUCUUGUCGCGUAACAUCUAGCUUGAAGCCUAGGAGUUUAUCAACAAACGGAACCUUUUUACUUCUUGAACUGUUUUUUCUUUCGUAUUUGGCUUCCGUUAGCUAAGAUGACAGAUCUAAGGCAUCGUGGAGCUAGAGACACCGACCAGCAGCAGCCGUCAGAGGACAAGGGCUCAGACAGCGAGCUGAAGCCAGACAAAGAUGGGGUUUCUGACAGUGAGUCCAAGGUGGACUCAGGAGUCCCCGAGGUGCCAGUUCCUCCUGAUGACACCCCCGAGGUCCUGAACAAGGCUUUGUCUGGACUCUCCUCCAGAUGGAAGAACUGGUGGGUGCGAGGUAUCCUCACGCUAGCAAUGAUCUCCUUCUUCUUCAUCAUCAUCUACCUGGGCCCCAUGGUGCUUAUGAUGAUUGUCCUUUGUGUUCAGAUCAAGUGUUUCCACGAAAUCAUCACGAUCGGUUACAGCGUGUACCACUCCUAUGACCUGCCCUGGUUCCGGACGCUGAGCUGGUACUUCCUGCUGUGUGUGAACUACUUCUUUUAUGGUGAGACUGUGACGGAUUACUUCUUCACCCUGGUGCAACGAGAGGAGCCGCUCCGCAUCCUCAGCAAAUACCAUCGCUUCAUCUCCUUUGCCCUCUACCUCACAGGCUUCUGCAUGUUUGUGCUGAGUUUGGUGAAGAAACAUUAUCGCCUUCAGUUCUACAUGUUUGGUUGGACCCACGUGACCCUGCUGAUCGUGGUGACUCAGUCUCACCUCAUCAUUCACAACCUGUUUGAGGGGAUGAUCUGGUUCAUUGUGCCCAUUUCCUGUGUGAUCUGCAAUGACAUCAUGGCCUACAUGUUUGGUUUCUUCUUUGGCCGAACCCCCCUCAUUAAGCUGUCCCCUAAGAAGACAUGGGAGGGAUUCAUUGGUGGGCUGUUUGCCACCAUUGUGUUUGGAAUCUUGCUCUCCUACGUCAUGGCCAGCUGCCGCUACUUUGUUUGUCCGGUGGAGUUCAACAACGACUCCAACAGCUUCCAGGUGGAUUGUGAGCCGUCGGAGCUCUUCCAGCUACAGGAAUACACUCUGCCUAGUGUCCUGGAGUCAGUCACAGGAUGGACCACGGUGCGUCUGUAUCCUUUCCAGAUCCACAGCAUCGCUCUCUCCUCCUUCGCCUCCAUCGUUGGACCCUUUGGUGGCUUCUUUGCCAGUGGCUUCAAGAGAGCUUUUAAGAUCAAGGACUUUGCCAACACCAUCCCAGGCCACGGUGGCAUUAUGGACCGAUUUGACUGCCAGUAUAUCAUGGCCACAUUUGUCAAUGUUUACAUUGCAAGCUUCAUCAGGGGCCCCAACCCCAGCAAGGUGAUCCAGCAGCUGCUGGCCCUCCGCCCUGAUCAGCAGCUCCACAUCUUUAACUCCCUGAAGGCUCACCUGAUCGAGAAAGGCCUGCUGCCAGCUAUGGAGGUCAACGCUUAAGAGCCCCGCCCCCUACGGCCCAGAGACGGGGCUCCCUCCCCCCUCCCCCGACUCUGAGAGGAUUGAUGCUUUUGUGUGAGCAGGAACAAGUCUGGGAAAAUAUAAACAGACAGCAGGUCAUUCCAUGUCCUCUGGGUUUGAGAGUGGUGUGUGUUGUGUUCGUACGGUGUGUGAGUUCUGGUUCUGUUAGUGGAUUACUACCGUCACACACUUUCAGCAUAGCCGCUAUUUAUCUGUCAGAUUUCUGUUUCAGCCUGUUUACAGAAUAUCCUCAAUAAGAUCCGUUAUGUGUUCAUAUUUUAUUGUACUGAUGAUUUUGGUAAUUUAAUGCACUGCUCUCAAACCUGUUACUGUGUUGUUACGUCAGCAGCAGCCCCCCCCCCCCCCCCCCCCAAAGGAAUCCUCUUAAAUUUUCUUUCGUUGUGAUUGUUGUAUUUAUACAGAGAUGGCUUUUUAUAUAUUUGGUAUUUUCUAUCAUAUCUUAAUGUUGUUUUCCUUCAGGCUGUGAAGACUUUGCCACGUGUGCGUUUGUGUGUCUUGUCUUGUUUUUAGUUGUUUCGCGGCGCGACUAAAUCAGUAGCACGCUUCACUAAAGGAGUGCACGUUUUCAGAGAUGUUUUAAAGCUGAUUAAUGCCAAAACCAUCUUCUGCAAGUUACCACGUUAGUGUUUUUGCCCUCUGCAGUAAUGCAGUAGCUGUGUUUAAUUGAACACAAACUGAUCAGGAGGUACCUGUGAAGGCUAGAGCCUUUCAGGGCAAAUCUGUUGUGAGCGAAUUCAGGUGGGACUGAGACGGAAUGUAGAGUUUUGUUCUGAAUCUCAGCCAAUCAGCUCCAGCUCUAGGAUGCUGCUCUUUUGAGUUUCCCUUAGAGUCAAACUUGGAUUCACUAAACUGUAGAUGUAUGUACGGUUAGGUGCUGUAGACGGGUUGGAGGUGUGGAGACACACUCAGAGAUCAGCCACCUGACGCUCGCUCUGUGUCCAUUUGUUAUUUUUCCCCUAAAUGAGAGAGAAGAAGGAUUUGUGCUCAUAAUUGGAACCAGAUGAGUUGUGUUGUUUCCACAGAGUGCCGUUGAGCAGAUUCUGGACUAAAGGAUGAAAAGGUCAGCGCCGAGGUCACGUUACACUAACCAAACUAAAGAACUGGUGACUGUGUUCAGUUCGUGUCCCUGUUUUUAUACGAUAUUCAUGUGUUAUCUAGAUCAUAGAUAAAACCAGUCAUUGCUUUUCGUUACAUCUGAAUGUAAUGCCAUAGAUAUUUAUUGCUGUCAUGAUUGUGUCGCAUUCAAACAUAACUAUAUUUAUUUAAAGCUGGGGUCAUUCUGUUGUACGGCUGUUAACAAUCCCUUUAGAAGCCUGUCCGACGAGUCUUUGCUGCCGUGUGGGACAGAGUAGCGGGACGGUAUUUCCUCACAGUGACCGUUAGGUGUUCUUUUAGGCUUGAACCUGGUUGCUGUUGUGUCGGUGUCUGAGUUGCAGUCCAAUCGGCGUGUUGAUCAUAAGAGUCCUGCCAUCUUCUGUGUGUGUGAGGGCGCUCUGCUGGGGUGUUGCAGGUGGCCACUAGAGAGAGCUGGAGCUCCUGAGCUCAGGAUGAAACCGAGAGGUAUGAACCGUUUUACCUCUGCUUGUUGCAUUCCAUCCCUAGAGAUGUGUUUUUACCUAGAAGAGAGGUUUUUAAUCAUAUUUCUGGUGCCGCUCUGCUGCCGUGCACCAUGUUCUGCCAGGACCCCCUCAGAAGAAAUGGAAGGGAGUCAUGUCUGUCCCGUGUUCUGUGCAGGUUCCCCUUUGUGGACAUUUUGUCUGUGCUCAUAGAUUCCCUACAAAUUUUAGUACAUAUAUAUAUUCUUAAACUGCAAUGGUUUGUUUAAAUGCAUAUUAUAGAGAAAUCUGUAUUCUUUAAUGCUAAUGUGUGCUUUGCCUUGGUUCAGAGAAAAAUAAACGUGUUUAAAAACAUCA